GACGGGACAUUAGUGCGGACCGGCAGCGGCGGGGAAAGGCCCACUGUGGGGCACAUCGAGCCGAUCCGAGGUGCUACCUUGUCGAGAGCCGAGAAGCCGACGACCAGCUUUGCUCCACCUUACUAGACCUUCAUGCCUUACAAGAACCCACUACAGCGUCCUUGCCAUCACACAUCUGCGAGCUGAAUCACACAAUCCCCGAAGACAAGGCUUUGAUCUCACUUACUACACUAUUACAUUCAAACCCACCAUCUCCCUCACCCCUACCUCCUUGUCUUUCACCCAUCUAGAAUUCCAGUAAACAUGGCCAACCCAAUGCCUUCCCUCCCUCCAACCACACCCAUUUCCCUCCGCACGGUUCAAAUGGCAGGCCUGCUCGUUGACGUCUACGGCCUCGCGGAGCUUGCCCCGACAGUAAUUCGCGUCUCAUGUCUGUGGCUGCACCACCCGCGGACGCGCAGCAAGGGGGACAUGGCAGACGUCGCGGCUCGGUUUGUCGCUGCUUGGAACUCGGCUUCCUCGUCGCGAACUCCGGGAAGAGAGAAGAGGGGACUGAUUGCCCUGGUCCAUGACCAGCGGAAUCAUGGCAGUCGGCUGGUGGAUAAGAAGGCCAACGGGUCCUGGCGCGAGGGGAAUCCGAUGCAUGCUGUGGAUAUGUUUGCCAUCGUGCAGGGUAUGGUGGCGGAUCAGAGGGUUUUGUUGGACUUGGUGGAGGCGUAUCUUUUCCAUGACGCCAACGGCAAGAGGAAAAUCGACCAGCAUUUGGCGCUCGGAGUGUCGCUGGGCGGGCAUAGCGUGUGGCAGUUAAUGUUUGCGGACCCGAGGGUCACGGCCGGGGUGGUGGUCAUCGGGUGUCCGGAUUUUAUGAACCUCUUGUCAGACCGCGCAAGGCUCUCAAGACUAUCUACAUACUCCGAGCAAGACGAUGGUGCGUCCUUCCUGGGCAGCAGGGACUUCCCACCGUCUUUGGUGGAGACGUGCAAGAAGCUUGACCCAAAGGCCAUCUUCUUUGGCACUUCUGCCGUGCCGGAGACAAAGACUACGGGGACCGCCGAUGAGGGUGCGAGGCAGAUCUUCCGAGACCGUCUGCGGGGCAAGAAGUUUCUGCUAUGCUCCGGGGCGGACGACAAGUUGGUGCCAUACAGCCGCUGUUCGGAGCCGUUCCUGCAGUGGUUCAAGCAAGCGGCUGCCACUUGGGCUGAGGAGGGCGUUUCGGUCGACGACAGAGUUUACCAAGGUGUCGGGCACAGUUUUAGCACGGACAUGGUUGCUGAUGCAGUGCAAUUUGUCCUUGAUGUGGUCGGCAGUGCGGAUCAAGGGUUGCCCAUAACUGGUGGCGAGGAGCAGCGGGCAUCUAAGAUUUGAUAGAAGGAGUGGGCAUUAAUUAGUGAAACGAAACGAUGAAGAGAAACAUAAUACAUUUAAAAACUCACCGCCAGCCCCAGUCGCUGGUCCAAGGGAGUUAAUUGGCUAUGAG